AUGGGUAACGCGCUUACAUUUCUCUACGGAAAAUGCUGCAAACCCACGACGGACGACGAGUCUCUCGGGCCUCACGGCGUCUCCGCCGCCACCGUUGGUGUUUCAGCUCUCGCUCACGAUCUCUUCAACUUCGAGAUCACUUCCCAGGUUCCUGAAGGGCUUGGGAGAUACGUUGGGUCGUCAAGAAAAGCUCAAGCAAAAUGGUAUAGAAAAAUACUUGAGGCAUGGAAGCAAGCAAAACCUCCACCACAAACGGCAGAGGAAGCUUCUAGGCUUGUUAUGGAGAUCUUGAAAAGGCAUGAGAAAGCUGAUGUUGAGGGACUUUUGUCUUUCUAUGGACUCCCUUUGCCUCACACUCUGGUUGAGUUCUCUACUGAAGCUCCUGUGUCUUUGCCUGAAGGCGUUCUCUUCGAAUUCCAAACUCUUCCGGUGGAUCCAAAAGCUGUGGCAGAUGGAGACACCAUCACAGUUUAUGUCAGUUCUUCAGACCCCAUCGUGUCAUCAUCUAUCCCAAGGGAAGUAAAUGUUGCAGUGGUUCAAAGAGCAAAAGCAAGAGAAAAGAAGGAUUACACAAAAGCAGAUGAACUUCACCAAAAGAUCAUUGAUUCUGGCUACAGAGUGCUAAAUAUACAAAACGAGGAAGUUCUUGCUCGAAAUAGGGGAAUAGAUGCACCAGAGAGUCAAAUGCCGUUUGGGAAAGAGGCACAAAAAGAACUCCUUAAGAUUGUUCAAUGGAAAAGCUUGAAAGUGUUAGUUUAUGGAGAAGAUCAAUAUGGACGAUGUGUAGGAGAUAUUUACUGCAAUGGGAUUUUUGUUCAGGAGGCAAUGUUAAAAAAAGGUCUUGCUUGGCAUUACGUAGCUUAUGACAAGCGCAUGGUUCUUGCAAAGGCAAGAUCAUGGGAAAAGGAGGCAAGGCAGAAGCGUAUUGGGUUGUGGGCUUCUUCAAAUCCAGAGAAGCCAUGGGACUGGAGAAAGAAUAGGCGUGUGUAG